AUGCUGAUAGGAGCCGGUGGACUGCUUUGGAUUAUGCCUACGGAUCGAGCAGCGCUGUUGCUUGGAAGUUUGAAAGCUGCGUGUAGCUUGGAAGACAUUGUGGAGACCUCGUCUUUGAAGGUCACUGUGGUGGUCACCAUGUGCGCGCAGGAGAUGAGGAUCGCAGGCGCGCCGACAGACUGGACGAAAUACUUUCAACAACAAGAUGUCUUUCGUAUCCAGUGUCACUUGGAGGACACGACACUGAAGCCGGCAAGGCGUUGGCUUGAGCAGAUUCCGGACUUGGUGGCUUCCUGUUUGCGACAGUGGAAAAUCGUCUGCAGCCAGUUAUGGGAACCGUCCAUGCUGGCGGUCGCCCGGGACAAAUCCAUGCACGUGCUCUUUCACUGCUUUGGCGGCAUCAAUCGGAGCACGGGGAUUUUAUGCGCUUGGCUCGUUGUCGCUUACGAACAUUCCGCACUGGAGGCCGUGCAGUUGCUGCUUCAAAAACGACCAGCAUGGCGUCCUUGGCGCAAUCGACCCUAUGUCUUGGAAGCGUUGUGGCGCCUGGAAGGUUUGCGCGCGGAAUGGCAGAGAGACUUCAGCGACCGGACAGCUACCGACAUUGGUAGCGGAGACCUCCCUCAACGACCUCGAGCUCUACCGGCGGGCCUUGGCUACACCCUCGACUUCACGGAGGAGAUCUUCGAAUGGCUCAAAGAGCUAGCCGCACUCACUCGGAGCCUCAAGCUGAGCCACCAAGCCGAGCACUUUCAAGCAGACCUACUCCCUCGACCUCGCCUACGGCCAGAGCAGCAGCUGGAGCGACUACAUCGCCUUCAUCCCCUACGGCUCGACCACCAGAACUCCGACCUCAAGAUGAACCCGGAGAAGCUGGUGCACAGGAGCCCACUGAAGAGACACCUGAUGAAACUUGGCAGCAAGAUGAAGGUGAAUGGAGUUCGUGGCAGCGCCCGCAAAAUGAUGGAGGAGUGUGUGAAGGAUCAGGUGAACGAGGUGACUUGGCGGAAGGGAGGGGAUGACCCGUGGAGCAACAAACACUACGUCCUGGCUCAGAUCGGUCGGGACGUCUCCUUCCUGGAGCAGGCCUCUUUGGAGCUACGCGAUGACCCAGAUGUGAUCCUGGCAGCGGUGCUGCAAGAUCCAUUCGAAGCCUUGAGAUUAGCGUCUGAGGAUUUGCGAAUGGAUGCCAACUAUGUGAAGGAGCUGGUCCGGCAAAGCAAGGCACCUUGGCUUUUGAAGUUGCCUGGUCUAGAGCACUUCCGUGACGACACUGCCUUUGUGGAGCGCUGUGAAAAGGGGGCCGGGACAGGCCUCGUUUUCACUUACUAUGACAGCUCCACAUGCUUCAUGAAGAUGCGAAAGCACUUCAAAGCCAUCAAUGUAUCUGUCCCCGGCGGCGACGCACGUGAUCAAGUGGUGGAAAAGUUGAUGAACGAAGGUCCACAAGGCAUUGCAACGGUUUGGUUUGGAGAUGAGCACGUCUUCGGAGCCUAUGCAGAUGAGAGCAAGUGGAUGCAUCCGCCACACGAGUGUGGCCGUGACCAAGUGGCUGUCCCGCCUGAGAGUGAGCGGAUCGGAAUGUGGUCCUGCCAUGUUCAAAGUCAGAAAGGUGACUUCUGGCCUGCAACUGGAAGCAAAUACAACUGUCACUUGGGCCAAGAAUACGCUGCAGACUUUCAGGUUGUGAGUGAGGAAACCCGAGAUCAAAUCGAAGAUUGGCGUUUGAGUUUGAGCGCAGAGGGUGUGUUGCUGAGAUGUUUGAUUUCCAGCGCACAGCGUCCGAAGCUUGGUGCUGUCACUGGUUGCGAAGAGUACGAGAUGCACAAGCUGAUGGUUUUCUCACGCACACAAGACGGCCAGCUUCAGAUCCACAGUGACCCUGAGACGGCUCCGUGGGCGAAAGACUCCCUGGUGGCGUUAGGAACGCCUGCUCCUCGCUGCCUCCGCUGUGACUACAAAGGCUACGUACGGCUGGGCACUUCGAGCAAUGCUCACGAAGUGAAUGUUUUGUGCGGUGGCUUCAUUAGCCCUAUGAGGCUGAGCUUGCUGCGCGUGACCUCGUUGAUGGAGUCAUUGCAAGAAGGCGGUCCAGUCGCUCAAUCCGGAGAGCACUAUGCUCCACCGCCCUUGCCAUCCUUCGAGCUGCAACCGCUGACCUGCAAUUCCUGCGCCAAUGGCCUGUCCCUGUUUAAGCGGGAGAUGAGCUUGGUUCCCAACUUGAUCCCAGGACUAAGAACGUCCACAAAAGCGACCUUCUCGGAGCACUUCGCGGCUACGCAUUACACACGGACAGUGAACUCGUCCAAACUCUACACGGCGGGCUCCGAGCAGGCUCAGAUGCUGAAGUUCCUUGAGGAGACGAGCCCCCGAGACCGUCAGCCCGGCAAACUUGAUUCUGAGCUGGACCAGUUUUUUGCUAUGGAUAUGGACAGCCCUUCUGACGUUGAGAGCAUUGCGACAAAUUCGAUUGGGUGGAACGAUACACUGCUGGAUCCUCUGAGCUCAGUGAUGAACGGGCGGAUCAGUGGCAACUACACAGGAAACUUGAACUGCCCAGUGGUGUGGGUGUGUCUCAAGGAUUUGUGUUUCGACUCCAGCGAUGUGGAAUCUGAGCAGCCGGGUCAACGAGGUUCCAGUCUCCUGACGCGGGCACCUGGAGCAAUGGAGGAGUCUCGGCUUGGAGGCCGGUGGAGGGCCGCACGGGCCGGCUGGUCUGACGGGCCGGCCGAGGCCAUGGGCAGUGCAUCUUCUGUGGAGGGAGAGAACUGCUGCUCCGUCCAAUUGAGAAAUCAGGCGAGACCUGGUGAAUGCGAGGAGGCCUUACCUAUCUGGCUCACCGAAGGUGAGAUAUUUCCAGAGUGCGAGACAUUUCGCCAGGGCAUCGAAUGCCUGAGAAGUCAGGCCGCUCCGGAGCCGGGAGGUUCUGAAGCGCUUGCCGUUGAGACACUGCCGGCAAGCCACGCACAACUUCCAAAGGAAGCCUGUGGAAGCUCGACAGAUGCGAGCAGCAAGUCUCCUGACCAGGUGCUUGUGCCAGAUGAUCCUGUAAAUGGCACCAGUGGGGAAUUGCCCACUGUCGCAGCCAAUGCAGAAGCGAAGUCAUCAUCCGAGCAGGAGCCCACUUUGAGGGAAGAUGAGAAGGUUCCAUCCAAGGAGGAGGAACCCCUGCUGAGCUUGCGGAACUUGCUUCCGUACUGGCAAGCUUGGGGCGACUUCGCUCAGGCAGAAAAGACUGCUCGGCAUGCAGCUUUGCAGACGUUGCUCCGUGAUUCGUUUUGCGGAUGGCACGACUUUGCAGCGACGGAGAAGGCUGCGAGGCAUGCAGACAUGCAACGCUUGCUGCUGCACGGUUUGGACACCUGGCGAGACUUUGCAAAAGGUGAAAAAGCUGAGAAGCACCCUGGCAAUACCCUUAAUGCGCAUGCAAAUGUGCGCUUGUUGCUUCGCUGCCUGCAUGCCUGGCGAGACUUUGCAAAAGCUGAAAAAGCUGAGAGGGUCGUGAAGGGAGAGAAGCUGACAGAAGCUCCGCCCCAGCCGCCUUUGGAGACAGAAGUUGAGGAGACGCCGCCAGAGGACCCCCCGUCUUGUCUCCAAGAAAUGUUGGAAGGCAUCUCUCGCACCAACAGAGCUAAGACCAACGAUGCGAAGAGCGAUGUGCGAACUGAAGCUCUGAAGGCGUACUGGAAGGAGCUUCAGUUGCCUGCCGAGCAGAUCAUACUCAACGAAGUACAGAAGAUACGGCCCCGCAGACUCGACCCAAAGAUCAUGAAAGAAGUCAAGCGUGCUUUGCGCAACCUGGAGGGAGCUCUCGAAGAUUGUGCCACGUCUGAGGACAUGGCUGUGAUAAUGGAGAGCGAGCUUGAGAUCCAUAAGAAGAUCAUCCAAGAGAUUGAGAACGACUAUGUGGAUACUUUGAACACGAAGACAGACCUGGCGGUUCUGUUGCAACAGUUGGACAAGAAAGAGGAAGCUGAGCAAAAGCUGCGAGAAGUUCUCACAACGAUGCAAGCAAAGAACGACAAACUUGUUGGUAAGUUUCACAGGCAGCCAGUCAAGUCUAGCUAUCUCAUGGCAAAGAAGAAAACAGAAACGAUUGGGUUUGAUCAUGAGGACUCGCAAACUAUCGGUGGCUCUUCCACUAGUGAGCGAGUGAAGGAAAACUUUGCACUGCACUUCGUCAUGAAUGGGCAGGCAUCUGUCAUUGACAAGACCGGUGACAUUGCCUUCGAGGGGAACAUUCGAAGAGAAGCCACGUUUUGCAUCAUUUCUUUUCCAGGGAAGUUUGCUUCAGGGUGGGAUGCUUUGGUGGCUGCAUUGCAUGGUGAAUCCGUCGCUUGUGUUUUCUUGACCACCCCCGAGACUGGCCUUGGCAAGCAUAAAGAUGAUGGAAGUGGGAAGUGCUGGUGUAGCCAGAUCUACGGCGAGAGAAACUUCAAGCAGUUCGGCUAUCUGGUCGAGAUGAAGGACCCUGAUCCGGAAAAACUCAAGCAAGCACUGGAGAACGCGAAAUGUACCCAUGCCAUUGUGGUCCCUUUUCAUGCCACCCCAGAAGAAAGGAAGGCGUAUGAGGAAGAAGCCAAGAAAGCCUGGGAGAAGUAUGGGAAGGUCGCUUCCUGGGGUUGCGAGUGGUUCGUCGUUUGGAUGGAGCAGGUGAAACAGGCAGUGCAGCUUGGCCAAAGACUGCAAGUGGUCUUUUUCCCUGGGCAGAGGGGCCAGGGCAAGGUGGCCUGGGACGAGCUAUCCUUCAGAGAUCUCUGGGACGGUGUGGGCUGCGGUGGCAGCCAAAAAGCCGAGAUUGCCUAUGUGGAGGCCAUGCGGAAGAUUGAAGGAGACACUUGGGACUACGACGAAAUCGAUGUGAAGCGGUUCUUAUUUCAGGAAUUUCAUCCGAACUGCAAGGUGUUUGCUGAAGAUCCCACCGAUGGCAGCUGGCGAGAAGGAACCAUGGUGUUGACGAUACCUGAUUCUCAAAGUUCUGAGACCUUGAGCAGAGUUUAG